AUGCCGUUCAAAAUAUCCCGCGUUCAGCGGCUCAGCGUCGUGAUCGGCAUUUCACUCUGCUUCUUCAUAGCAGAGAUCUCAAUCGGUUUCUACACUCACUCUCUCGCCUUAGUCGCCGAUGCUUUCCACUAUCUAAAUGACCUCGUCGGUUUCGUAAUCGCUCUCGCAGCCACAAUAGUUGCCGAGAAAAGUGUCGCACCGAAAGCCCUUACAUUUGGCUGGCAGCGGAUACAGCUUCUAGGUGCAUUUUUCAACGGAGUGCUAUUAUUUGGUUUGGGAAUCAGUGUUUUCUUGCAAUCCAUUGAGCGAUUUAUUACACUACAGCGCGUUGAAGAACCAAAACUGGUUCUGAUUAUGGGAUGUGUUGGGUUUGGGUUAAAUCUUAUUAGCGUGUUGUUCCUACAUGAUCAUGAUCACGACCACGGACAUGGACACGACCACAGCCACGGCCACGGUGUAAAUAACGAUAGCGUGUCUAUUGGUAUGGUAGAUGAAAAGCAUGUUCAUCACAAACACCAUACAAACACAACCAAACCUUCAUCUCACGGCAAGAAUCGAGACUUAGCCAUGAUGGGCGUUCUGAUCCAUGUGAUUGGCGACUGUGCAAACAACCUCGGCGUUGUCAUCGCAGCCGCGGUGAUCUGGUUCGCUAGCUACGGUGGAAGAUUCUAUGCCGAUCCCGCCGUCAGCAUGGGAAUUGCGGUUAUGAUUUUCAUUUCUUCCAUUCCACUCAUUAAACAAUCAAGUCUUAUCCUUCUUCAAAGUGCACCCCAGGGUGUUGAUUACGAUGACGUGAAACACGACCUCGAAAGGAUCCCUGGCAUUCUCGCCAUUCACGAACUCCAUAUCUGGCGCCUUAAUCAGAAAAAGUCCCUUGCAUCUGCCCACGUCGUUCUAGACAGUGAUAUCAUGCCGGAUUUUGAGAGCCUGGCUAAGACUAUUCGGGAAUGUUUUCAUGAAUAUGGAAUUCAUUCUAUUACGCUGCAGCCGGAGGCGUAUACACGACAGGGUCCAAGUCCCGUCACAACUGGAAGUUGUACUGAAGUCGACGUGAACGGAAAUGGUGAAGAUGGGAAGAAGAGGAUGAGUAUUGAAAGUGCUUUGAAUCAGUGCACAUCUGGCUGUGGGAGCUUUUGUCUUGAGCUUACAUGUUGCCGCUGA